AUGACUGCUGACGACAAGCUCAGUGGACUGCUCAGAGCUCUCACCCUCGAAGAGAAAUGUACCCUUUUAUCUGGAAAGAACAUGUGGGAGACUGCAUCUAUUCCAAGACUAGGUAUCAAAAGUCUCAAAACCAGUGACGGGCCAGCUGGCGUGCGCGGCUCGCGAUGGGUCGACGGGACGCACACAACAUUCAUCCCAUGCGGUAUCUCACUUGCUGCAACAUUCGACCCAGCUCUAAUCGAAAGAGUCGGAGGCAUCCUUGGUGCCGAGGCAAAGACUAAGGGAGCACACGUGCUGCUCGCUCCCACCAUGAAUAUCAGCCGAUCACCGUUUGGAGGGCGCAACUUUGAGAACUUUGGCGAGGAUCCGUUUUUAACUGGACGCAUGGCUAUCUCGUACAUCAAAGGCGUUCAAAAUAAAGGGGUCGCCGCUUGCAUGAAGCACUUUGUCGCCAACGAUAUGGAGACACGGCGAUUCAAUAUGGACCAGACCAUCGAUCAGAGGACGCUGAGAGAGAUCUAUCUAAAGCCAUUUCAGAUGGCGCUGGAAGCCAAUCCGCUCACGGCAAUGACGGCAUAUCCCAAGAUUAACGGCACACAUGUUGAUGCUAGUCGGAAUCUUGUACAUGACAUUCUUCGAGAAGAAUGGAAUUACGGGGGACUGGUGAUGAGCGAUUGGGGUGGCCUCAACUCUACAGUCGACAGCAUCCGAGCGACUACAGACCUGGAGAUGCCAGGUCCCCCGUUGCGAUACGGUAAAGCGUUGAUGAAGGCGGUGGAGAGUGGACACAUAUCGGAGACUCAACAUGUUGAUCCUUCCGUCCAAAGACUUUUACGAUUGCUCAACCAGUUCCAUUGUCUGGACAGCAUCAGCACUACAAAUGGGCAUGGCGACCAAAACGGCAGCGAUCAACUCAACGGCAUGGAUAUUGCGGCUGGAGAAGGAGAAUCAGACACGCUCGAGUUCAGAAGGACAACAAGAGAGGCUGCUUCACAAGGCAUCGUGCUACUCAAGAACAACAACAAGUUACUUCCUUUACAGCCAUCUCGCAUUAAGAAGCUUGCCAUUAUUGGCCCUAAUGCAAAGAACCCGACGCUUGGCGGCACAGGGAGUGCUAUCGUCAAUCCUUAUUACACAACAAACCCAUACGAUAGCAUCACGUCUGCUGCGAAACAAAGAGAUCCUGACAUCGAAAUACGCUAUGAGAGAGGAAUUUUUACGCAUUUGCAGCCGCCUCUGAUCGGCCACUGUUUGACUCAACCAAACAGUGGCUCGCCAGGACUUCAGGUGGAUUUCUUCCACGGAAAUCAAUUUGAGGGCGACAUUGUGGGCACAACAUUCUGGCAGAACUCCCUCGUGUACUUCAUGAGUGAUGGAGACGUGCCUCAACCUCUGCGAGGUAAACAAUUUUGCUACAAAGCCACAGGCCUCUUACGCCCAAGUGUCACUGGCACUUACGAUUUCAGCCUAUCCAAUACAGGAAAGGCAAAACUUUUCAUCGACGGACAAGUUCUUAUUGACAACACAGAGUGGAAUGAAAUCAGUGGCAAUUUUAUGAACUGCGGCAGCGUCGAGUGCUUCGCUAGCAUGAUCUUGGAAGCUGGCAAAACAUACCAACUCAGCAUCGACAAUAUCGUUGUACCGCCUCCAACAAAGCCACAUGAUAAUACUCUCUUCCACAAGAUCUCAGGAGUUCGCGUUGGAAUGCUUUUCAAACACGAUGAACAGGCCAUGUUCAACGACGCUGUCAAUGCUGCUCAAGACGCUGACGCGGUAGUGCUCGUUGUGGGCCAUAACAACGACACAGAGCGAGAAGGGUCGGACCGUACUUCGUUGUCGCUUCCAAGACGCACUGAUGAGCUCGUUUCAGCAGUCUGUGCGGCUAACGAAAAUGCCAUUGUUGUGACGCAGUCUGCCUGUGCGAUCAGUAUGCCAUGGUUGGAUGAAGCUGGUGUAAUCCUGCAUACUUGGUAUCAAGGCCAAGAAUGUGGCAACGCCAUCGCCGACGUCGUAUUUGGCGUCGUCAAUCCCUCAGGAAAACUGCCCGUUACUUUCCCCGGGAAAAUCGAAGACCACGGGUCUCACAAGUGGUUCCCUGGAGACCCUGCCAACGACAAGGCAGAAUUUGGUGAGGGCGUUCUGGUAGGAUACCGAUGGUUCGAUUCUCAGGAUAUAGAGCCUCUCUGGUCUUUUGGAUAUGGUCUGUCUUACACGACAUUCACCGUCUUAGAUGUGACCCUGGAGGGUACCAUUGGGCACCCAGGGUCUUCUGGCGUGCUUGUGAGAGCUGUUGUCGCAAAUAUUGGAGACGUUCUUGGCUCUGAGGUCGUCCAAGUUUAUGUCUCGCCAUCUUCAGCUAUCCAAGCAUCCAGCUUACCAGCAGCACCGCGGGCCCUUGCUGGGUUUUCCAAAGUCUUGGUACCGGCCGGAGAGAGCAAGACAGUCGAUAUCCGGUUAGAUGAUGACGCAUUCAAGUGGUUUGACGUUACCGCCUCUAAUUCACAGGGAGAUACAAAGGGAGCGUGGCGUAUUGACAAGGGGGCCUAUAAGUGCUACGUUGGUACAAGUUCUCGAAACUUGCCCUGGACUUUAGAUCUUGAUAUAGACUAG